UUCUACGGCAACGCAGUUCAAAGCAACAUGAACAAUAUCCGUUUGUUUCUUUGAAUUUCAAUCAUCAUUAUCUUCCUCUCUUUUUUUAUUAGACACAUAGUUUAGAGGAAAUUAAGGAAAACAACAACGUUGUUAGCAAUGCCAAGAGGUAAAAUGAAGUUUGACGAGGAUCUUGGUCCUGACCGUGAAGAUGAUUUUCAAACAGAUGAUGAAGAAAAUCAAGCAGAAAGGGUUUUUGAUAAUUUGGAUGAUGAUGAUACCGAAUCAGAUAUUAACAAUAAUUCACCUCCUUCAAGAAAUUUGUCCAAUGAGGUUGACUUCAAUACCUCAUGGCCUCAAACCUAUAGGACAUCUAUGGACAUGUUAACAAGUGUAAGUAAGACACCACCUGGGAUUAAUUUCUUCAAGAUAAUUAGUUCAGCAGGGAAGAUUAUUGUCCCUAAGGAAUGCGUCCAAGAUGAAUUUACCAAUUCUUUGACUUUACCGCUUGUUUCUGACGAAAAAACUUCAAUCGGAAAAGAGGAACCUACAUCGAAACCUCAAGUUCAAUCACAUGUCAGCUGUCCGAAAAUUUCUGUCACUGAGUUUUCGCCACCAGAGAGGGAAAGUUCCUUUGCACAAUCAGUGAUUAAUGGGACCAAUAUAUUAUGUGGGAUCGGGCUUAUGACCAUUCCGUAUGCUGUAAAAGAAGGAGGGUGGUUGAGCCUUGCAAUACUGCUACUGUUUGCUCUCGCUUGUUGCUAUACUGGUAUUUUAUUGAUGAGAUGUUUACAAAGCCGUCCUCAACUCAACACCUAUCCAGAUAUUGGCCAGGCUGCUUUUGGAAUUGCUGGUCGCUUGGGGAUUGCGAUCAUUUUAUACAUGGAACUAUUUGGUUCUUGUGUUGAGUAUAUAACUCUUGUCAGUGAUAACCUCUCAUCACUUUUCCCCAACACUGGCAUGAACUUAGCCGGUACAGAGCUAAGUACAAAUCAAGUUUUUUCCAUCACUGCAGCUCUUCUAGUUUUACCGACAGUUUGGUUGCGAGAUUUAAGCCUGCUUUCAUAUAUUUCAGUUGGAGGAAUAUUUGCAACAACACUUGUAGCACUUUGCUUGUUUUGGGCUGGUGCAGUAAACCAAAUUGGAUUUAUCAAUCCGAGAACGAAAAUUUUAGACAUUGAAAACAUAUCUGUAUCAAUUGGUCUCUUUGGUUUCGGAUUCGCUGGCCAUGCUGUUUUUCCAAAUGUCUACUCUUCCAUGAAGGAUCAAUCCAAAUUCCCAUUAGUUCUAUAUAUCAGUUUUGUUUUCUGUCUUGUUAUGUACGUUAGUGUAGGAGUAGUCGGAUAUUUACUGUUUGGUGACAAAGUUGAAUCUCAGUUUACCUUAAACAUGCCAAAAGAGUUAUAUGCAUCAAAGAUAGCAAUCUGGACAACGGUUGUGACUCCUCUAGCAAAAUACGCCUUAACGUUAUUGCCUAUUGUAUCAAGCAUAGAGGAACUUGUUCCUUCUCCUAGGCUAAGAUGUUAUGCAAUGUCUAUUGUAAUCAGAACAGCUUUAGUUCUUGCAAGUUUAGCUGUGGCUCUCUCUUUUCCAUAUUUUGGUUCUGUGAUGGCACUAAUUGGUUCUAUGUUGUCAAUGAUAGUUGCACUUAUUUAUCCUUGUGCAUGUUAUCUCAAGCUACACAGUGGCAGAUUAUCAUAUAUGCAGAUAACAAAUUGCAUUUUGGUUAUUAUUGUGGGGGUGAUAAGCGGUAUCAUAGGAACAUACUCAGCUACUACAAGAAUAGCUGGCAAGGGAGACUAAUAGAGAGAAUUUUAUUUAAACUCACUUCUUUUCUUGGCUUGUGUCGGAUAUUUAAGACAUUUUCAGGUACAUAAGUCAAAAAAAGUUGUUGUAUCUUUAGUUGUAUUUCUUGUAGGUGCCUUAAACAAACCAUAGUUGAUAUCUAGCUCUUUAGUACCGACAUCUCUAAAAAAUGAUGUUUUCGUGUCAAUGUCGGAUACCAAUACGACACUGACGUUUGUAGUUAAUUUCAAUUUAUUUAUUAUUUUAAAUUAUUAUUGAUGUAGACGUGUCAGUAUCGGUGACGUAUCCGGUGUCCGUGAUAUCUAUUCAUAAGAAAAGGAUUAUAGAUACAUUUUAGUGAAUGCUUAGAAUAAGUAUGUGUCUUUGAUUUGUAAUAUUAUAAAUUUUGAUUAAAAUGAAUUUUAGCAAAGCCUUACAUACCUUUAAAAUGGUUUUUUAUUCAUCCAUUAUGUUUUGUCUUGUUCUCUAUUUUUAAAUUUUGAUGUAUGUACUUGCUAGAAAUUACACCUGCAUAGCACCCUAUGUUAGUAGGGGUGGUCAGAGACUUUAAGGAUUUUUGGUGGUUUUGGGCAAGCUUAUGAUGGCGAGAGAGCCUAUUUUAAAGGUGUGUUUGGUGUGGAGAGAGCAAGUUCACG